AUGAUGCAGCAGGAAGAUCGAAUUGGAGGAGAUGAAGUUGAUGAGACAGAUCUUGAGUCUUUCACAAGCGCUCCUCAUAGAGACGCUCAUAGAUUGAGGGCUCAUUUUUCAGGAAUGGUGAGGCAGAGAGCUUAUAUAUUCGGUGGUGAUGGUAAAUACUACAAUAAAGAAUGGGAUCUUGUAGAAGGAACAGGGAAAGAGUUUUGUUGGUACCAUGUUGAGUUACCAAAAGGAAACCAUAAACUCUCUCAAUCCGCUCAGCAUCUUAUAGACGCACUUUGUCCUCCAUUGAAGCUUCAAGACAUUCUUUCUCUUGUUAGUAACGGACCCUUUUGUGGCCAUGUUGAUGGAGCGCUUGUCUUUAGAGUUAAUUCCCCUGGCCCUGCUUCGAGCAGCUUUACAUUCAAAAUUGCUGCUAGGAUCACUGAGAAUUCUGUCAUUACUGUGUCUUUAGGACGAGUUCCUAGGCUAGGAUUCUCUCCUAUUGGUCAGUCGCUUCUCUCGGAAGUCCCUAGUGUGGAUUCUCCAUCUUACUAUCGUGGUGAGCGCAAGGAAAGAAGCGGCAUUGUCAUAGAGGAGCAUGUUCUUGAAUUCUUACUGACUAUGAACCACUCUGAGGAAGCUGAUAACCCUGUGCCAAGUUCUGUUUCGAAUCUUGUCGUGCAUAUUAUCGACACACAUGUUGAUCAGCUUCAAGAUGUUGUAACUAAACUUGAGAUCGAAUUAGAUGCGGUGGAACUCGAAAUGGAUAGAGGUGGAUUUGCUAUGAAGAAACAGAUGUUGGAUGAUAGAAGGUUCCCGAAACUGCAUCUCAACUUGCAGCGCCUUUUGCAGGUAAUUGCACAUGGAGAACAAGUAUUUCCAAGAGUGAAGGAAAAAUGUUCCACGAAGCCUUGGUUUCUGGCAGAAGACAUUAACUCCUUGGAAGAGUUGAUUGGGCGGUUAAGACGUUUAAAAGAGAAUGUGGGCUUCAUUGCGAACCGAGUGACCGCAAUCCAAGCUGGUCUAGAUAGCUGGCAAGCCGAGCAAAUUAAUCGGAAGCUCUAUUACCUCUCCUUUCUUUCUAUCAUAUUCCUUCCUCUAUCAAUUAUAACCGGAGUAUUUGGGAUGAACGUUGGAGGAGUUCCGUGGACAGGACAAGACAAACCGGAGCUAGGAGACGGAUUUAGAAAUGUGAUGUACAUAUGUCUUAUAAUGCUGUUUCUAGUGCUGUCCUGCUUUGGAUUUCCAGCGUUAUAUAGUCGAAUAGCUUCUUGGUGGGGAAUGAGAGCUAUGAAAAGAAGUUGGUCUCUUAACCGAAGAUCGUUUCAGAAGAGACCAAACAUUGUCCAAGAAAGAAGAGGCUACCUUAGGCUCUAA